GGAGAGAGCAAGGACAUCCUCGGAAUCCGGAGUGAGGGGACGCAGCCAAUCGCACCGCACCCAAAACGGGCCGGGCGGAGGCCCCACGGGGACUGUAGCGGUCACGUGGGCGGAGAUAUACCCUGCGGGGUCCGCCAAGUCCCCAGCCUCAGCUUGCCUUCUCCCCGUCGCCAUCCCAUCUCUCCCUCAUCUUUCGCAUCGCAUACACAAUGGUCAAGGCAGUCGUACUCGGAGCUGCAGGCGGCAUUGGACAGCCCUUGUCCCUCCUGCUCAAGACCAACCCCCUCAUCACAGAGUUGAGCCUCUUCGAUAUCGUCAACACUCCCGGUGUUGCUGCCGAUCUGUCGCACAUCUCGACCCCCGCCAAGGUGGUCGGUUACCUGCCCCCCGAUGAUGGCCUCAAGAAGGCCCUUGCUGGCGCAGAGAUUGUCGUCAUCCCCGCGGGUGUUCCCAGGAAGCCUGGCAUGACCAGAGAUGAUCUUUUCAAGAUCAACGCAGGUAUUGUCCGCGACCUGGCCACCGGUAUUGCGACGACCGCGCCGAAGGCGUUCGUUCUUGUUAUCUCCAACCCCGUGAACUCCACCGUUCCCAUCGUUGCCGAGGUAUUCAAGAAGCACGGCGUGUUCGACCCGAAGAGGCUCUUCGGUGUUACCACUCUGGACGUCGUGCGCGCGUCGACCUUCGUUUCUGAGAUUCUCGGCGACCUCUCCCUCGCGAACAAGGUCGUCGUCCCCGUCGUCGGUGGCCACAGCGGUGUCACGAUCGUGCCCCUGCUCUCGCAGUCGUCGCACCCGUUGCCGUCGGGCUUCGCCCAGGAUGAGCUCGACAAGCUCACGAACCGCAUCCAGUUCGGUGGCGACGAGGUCGUGAAGGCCAAGGACGGCGCGGGCUCGGCGACCCUCUCGAUGGCGUUCGCCGGUGCGGAGUUCGCAUACAAGGUCAUUCGCGCGGCCAACGGCGAGAAGGGCAUCGUUGCGCCCACGUUCGUCAACCUCGCUGCGGAUAAGGAGGGCGGCGACGCGCUCAAGAAGGAGAUCGGCAAGGAUCUUGACUACUUCUCCUCGCCCGUAGAGCUCGGGCCCGAGGGUGUUGUUACGAUCCACGGCCUCGGCAAGAUCACCCCCCACGAAUCGACCCUCGUCAAGGCUGCGAUCCCGGAGCUUGAGGCCAGCAUUGAGAAGGGUGUCUCGUUCAUCGAGUCGUCCAAGCUCUAAGCAUCUAUCAUUAUGCCGUAUGUCGCUGCAGGAAGGAAGACUAAGAGAAGAUGUGGAAUACUUGUAUUCGAUAACUCUGUACACGUAGAGGAAAUGACACCCAUCGAUGUUGCUCCUAUCGUUCGC